AUGCACGCUCGCGAGCCAGCAGGCCUGACCGUCCUGCUCUACUUUCUCGGUCACCUGUUGGACAAGUUCAAGAGUGGUGACCCUGAUGCCGUAUACAUUCUGAAUAUGCGGGAGAUUUGGUUCGUGCCCUUUGUCAACCCGGACGGCUACGUUGCCAACAAGGGCCUGCGCAACAAGGUGAUUCGGAAGAACCGGCGGCCAACCUGCAGGUCUCCGGUUGAGGGAGGUGUCGACAUCAACAGGAACUUCGCCGUUCAUUGGUCCAGCAGCUUCGGUGGAUGCAAUGAAGAGCAUGGCGGUACGCAGCCGUUCUCAGAGCCUGAGACGCAAGCCUUCAAAAAGAUUUGCGAGGAGAAUGAGUUCAAGACUGCCAUGAACUUCCAUGCCUACGGCAGCAUGCUGACCCAUCCGUACAACUGGGCAACUGCCGAUCUCAUGCCCGCAGAAGACAAGAAAGUGUACCAGGAAAUCGCUCGGGUAUUCGGAUACAAAAAGUUCGGCCCAGCAAUAAAGACCGUGGGCUAUACCACUUCUGGAGAGUCUGACGACUGGAUGUACUCGGCAAGGCACAUCAUCUCGAUGUCUCCGGAGGUGGGCCCUGAAAGUGGUGGCUUCUGGCCUCCGUCAUCUCAGAUUGGUGACAUUGACGCCCGCAACUUCGACCGUACAUUGUACAUUGCCGGCAAGGCUGGCAUGGAGUUGCACACAGAAUGGGUCCAGCAGCCACUUCCACCAGCAGGCCCCGACCUUUCAUCUCUGGGAGAUCCUCCGCGAAGCCUCCUAAAACUCAGGAUCGCCAAUCGUGGUCUCACAAGCAGCCACGGGAAGGUUCUGCAAAUUGCUGUCCGCGGGGUUGUGGCUGGAGAAGCUGAAGGUGAUGUCGGCUUCCUCACGGUCAUGUCGCCGACCCUGCUGGAUUCCGUUGAGAGUCGGCAGACGUUGACGGCUGACAAGGGGAUCCUCGCCUGGAAGGUCGAUUCCAUUCCCAGCCGUUCAUCCCGAGAGUUUCGCAUGUACCUUUCAAGGUCCAGCGAGCCAGCUGCCCAACGAAGUGUUCAGACGUGCGUGGCGGAGGCCUUUGCGGAAUCCGUUUGCCAGUGUACUGAGUUGAUUGAGCUGCCUGGUUCCUCAAUGCUGGUAUCCAAGCAGUCAGCUCGGAAGAUUUAUGCUUUACCUCACGGCAGAAGUAGCUCCGCCGGAGAGGGCAUCAACUUGCUCUGUGCAGCGGCUGCAAAUGGAGCGCAGCUACCAGCCCAGGAUCAUGAAACGCCUCCUCCAGCCAAUGUGGAGACUGCGGCUUUGCCAACGAGGAUGCCGACAAUCGCGACAACCCCGACAAGCGCGCCGUUGGUGCUGCCUGGCCUGGCGACGCCGCUGGGUUUGUCGUCGAAGCCUUCACAAGGCACAUCCGACCCGGUGCAGACACAGAUCGCUGAGCAAGAUGCCGCACCAGACACGGCAUCCGCGACUUGGAUACUCAUGGCAUUGGGCGCCACUCUAGUGGCCAUGUGCAUGUGCAUGGCCAUGCAGCCCUUCAUCAUGCCGCGGCGUGUUGCCAAACGGGCUCCAUCUGCCGUCGACUAUGAGCAGAUUCCGAGCUUGCAGGUGCCCCGACCAGAGGAC